UAGACAAAGAAAGGAUUCACUUUGUUCGCCGAGAUGGCCUUGCUGACACCGUGUGUGUUAUAUUUCUUUCUUUACCCCCCUUUCCCAAGCCUCUCUUUCUUUUCUUUUCUUUGAUUCAGAUCGUUAAACAAAAAUGCCACAACAUUAUGAAUCUGCUCCUCAUUUGCUCACGAGACCCCUGGAAACGUUUGCCGUAAUGAAUGCCUGUCAGGCUAACCUGGCUCCCUGGCCUUUUCCUGCAGAGUCUUGGAAAAUGGGCUUUCAUCAAAUGAGGGAAGAACGAUUUAUUAGGAUUAACUUCCAAAAGCCAAUAAAUUAUGCAUACAUCCUCCAAAUUACCUAUCAGAACUAGUCCUGGAGGAGAGUCCGCUGCCUUUGCUUCUUUUACACUAGUUUGUGUUAUAGAAGUGGAAGUCCUCGGCGUUUCGCGUUUGCUAUCGAUUUUUUGGCUAUUGCCGCAUUUUGGGGGUAACCGCAAAUCUAUGCAGAUUGAGGAAAGUAAAUGUUCGGGCUCAUGAAGUUCAUCAAUUAGAGACCACCGAGAGACUGUUGUGUGCUAAAAUUUUAGUCCCUUAAUCCUUUAUUAAUCAAUAUUAACGAUUCGUUUUCUAGUUAGCCAACACGAUUUUAGUCAGCUAACAUAAAUUUUACAGAGUGCCUUUGUAGACUGUGGAACUUGACCCAGAGGCCUCAAGAAGACAGAAUUUAGGAGAAUUAAGGAUAAGAUGCCCCAUUUCGUCGCUCCCACCAUUCAGCAGUAUCUUCAACACAGAGCUCUCUUUCUUAAUUGAUUCCUUAUCAAGGACUCUCCAGGAGUGAUCGGAUACAAUGAUAAUCAAUCAACUUACUUUCCUCCUGUUGUUCUGCUUGCUGGGCUGGAGUGAUGCACUGAUCCGGCCGGUGCCUGGAAUUAGCACGUCGGAUCGGGAUGGACGGACUCUACAACGCAUUAAACGAGGAUGGAUGUGGAAUAGUUUCUUUCUCUUAGAGGAGUGGACAGGGACUGGAAAGCAGUAUGUUGGAAAGCUUCACUCAGACAUGGACAAGGAAGAUGGAUCUGUGAAGUACGUCCUCACUGGAGAUGGGGCCGGAACUGUUUUCGAGAUUGAUGAGAACUCGGGUGAUAUCCACGCCACCAGGAGGCUUGACAGGGAAGAGAAAGCAUUGUACACACUGAGUGCCAAAGCUGUCAACAAAACCUCCGGACAGGAUCUAGAGAAGGCCUCAGAAUUCAUCAUCAAAAUCCAUGACAUCAAUGACAACGAGCCAAAGUUUGCCAAGGACACCUACAUGGCCGGUGUAUCAGAGAUGUCGAAUGUUGGUGCAUUCGUAAUAAGAGUUACAGCCACUGAUGCAGAUGAUGAAGCAUAUGGAAACAGCGCCAAGCUGGUUUACAGCAUACUGCAGGGCCAGCCAUAUUUCUCAGUCGAACCUGAAACGGGCGUCAUAAGGACAGCCCUUCCGAACAUGAUUCGAGAGAACCGGGAGCACUAUCAGGUGGUGAUUCAGGCUAAGGACAUGGCUGGACAGAUGGGUGGUCUCUCCGGGACCACUACAGUCAACAUCACUCUCUUGGAUGUCAACAACAGUCCUCCUCGAUUCCCGCACAGUACCUACCAUCUCUCCACACCAGAGUCAGCCGGAAUCGGAUCACCAGUGGGCCGGAUCAAAGCGUAUGACGCGGAUGUGGGAGAGAACGCCGAGAUGUGGUACUCCAUCCUGGAUGGUGAUGGGCAAGAUGUGUUCAAUAUCAUCACGGACAGCACCAGCCAGGAAGGGGUGAUAAUGGUGAAGAAGCAACUAGAUUACGAGAGUAAGAGGUUGUACUCACUACGGGUGCAGGUGACCAAUACACAUAUAGAUCGACGCUUUGAACAACUGGGGCCUUUCAGCGACACGGCGAUUGUCAGGAUCACGGUCACGGAUGUGGACGAGCCUCCGGUCUUCAGUCGGGCCAUGUACAUUUUUGAGGUGGACGAAGACACCCCCGCCGGCAGCUCAGUUGGUACGGUGUUCGCUCGAGACCCUGAUAUAAUCAACCACCUGGUAAAAUACACCAUUGAUCGCCACACAGACCUGGAGAGACUGUUUAACAUCGAUUCCAACAAUGGGACCAUCAGCACACUGCAGGGUCUGGACAGAGAAACUUCCAAAUGGCACAACAUCUCUGUUCUGGCAACCGAACUGAGUACUGCCCUGCAAACCAGAGUGCCGGUGUUUAUCAAAGUGCGCGACGUGAAUGACAAUGCGCCUGAAUUCGCCAUGUACUACGAGACCUUUGUCUGUGAGAAUGUCAAAGCUGGUCAGCUCAUCCAGACCAUAAGUGCUGUGGACACUGAUGAACCUCUUGUAGGGCACAAGUUUGUUUUCAGUCUAAGCACCAUCAAUCCAAACUUCACCAUCUUCGACAAUGAAGACAACACAGCGCGGAUCCUGACCCGUCGGGGCCGCUUCAACAGAAGAGAGAUGAGCUCAUACCUGCUGCCUGUCGUCAUCUCAGACAACGAUUACCCCAUCCAGAGCAGCACCAGUACGCUGACGGUCCGCGUCUGCGCCUGCGAUAGCCGUGGGAAUGUGCAGACAUGCAGUACUGAAGCCCUUCUGCUCUCAGCUGGACUCAGCACUGGAGCCCUGGUGGCCAUCUUACUCUGCAUUUUAAUAUUACUGAUGAUUGUGGUAUUGUUCGCGGCCCUGCGGCGUCAAAAGAAAAAGGAGCCCCUGAUCAUCUCAAAAGAAGACGUCAGGGACAACGUGGUGAGCUACAACGACGAGGGCGGCGGAGAGGAGGACACGCAGGCCUUCGACAUCGGAACCCUACGGAACCCCGAGGUCAUCGACACCAACAAACUCCGCCGGGACAUAAUGCCCGAAAUGCUGUUCCCCUUCCGCCGCACAUCCCCCAUCAAAGACAACACAGACGUGAGGGACUUUAUCAACGGACGGCUGCAUGAAAACGACUCGGAUCCCACAGCGCCCCCUUAUGACUCCUUGGCUACCUACGCCUACGAAGGAAAUGGUUCUUUGGCGGAGUCCCUCAGCUCUCUGGAAUCGGCUGCCACUGAGGGCGACCAAGAGUUUGAAUAUCUGAGUCACUGGGGUCCACAGUUCAAAAAACUGGCAGAUAUGUAUAUAGGGCUGGAGUCCCCGAGAGAGUCUUAAAGCUGAUAUGCAACACAGCACACUUAAAUAUGUCUCAGAGCACUAAAUUAAAACAUACAUACUGAAAUCUCCCGCUGUUCUUUGCUGUGUAACACAUAUAGAUGAAUCUAUGAAGACUUGAGCAUCGCGCUCAACUCCUGGGAACUCUUCACGUAGACAUUCUCUUUUCUCUUUGACUACUUUAACUUUGUCCUCUUCUUCUUCUGGUCUCUCGCUCUCUCUUUUGCUCUUUCUUUCUUU